AUUAAAUAACCAAUAGUGAAAGUAGAGGGAUCCGAUUUGGGAUGGCAAAAAUAUAAACUAGACUAAUGUCAGGAAAGAAAUAGGUGGAAAGGCUUAGAACUCUCUACCGAAAGCUUUAAAAAUGGUUUUCGUGUGCAGCACAUGUAAUGUUUCCCUGAAUUCUCAGUGCCAGCUGUCCCAGCAUCAGAUUGGGAGCAAACAUCUGAAGAAGUUGAAAGCAUUAGGAAUAUCUGGUGCAGCAGUUGCAAAUGUUGGCCCAACAACAGCGACAGGGAAGAAAGGAUAUGGGAACUUUGUGUCCUCUGCAGUCUUGAUGCCUCUGAAGGCUGAACUAGUAACCCCUCCUAAAACUUCCACAUCACUAGCAAAUGAUGAGGCACCACCACCUCCCCCACCACAGCAGACGAUAUCGCAGCAGACAGCACCAAAGCAGGCGACACUGCAGCAGACAACACUGCAGCAGACGACACUGCAGCAGGCAACAGCUCAAAAUAUAAGCAUUGUUACAACCCCCAGGGAAGGUAUUCCCCCACCUCCGCCCCCUCCCCCUCCCACACCUCCUGAACGAAAGCAGCCAAAAGGGGUCAAUCCUGUGGUGCAGGCCAUUGUUGAUAAUGCAUUAGGCAAAUUGCCACUGAAGAGAAAGGCCUAUGAUGGGCAAUGUGAGAUCUGUAAAGUAAAUUACACGUCUGAAAGUCACGAAAAGCAACACCUGAUGGGAAGUAAACACGCCAAGAAAGCCAAAAUCGCAUCUGCUGCAGCGGGAAAUGUCCCCUUGGCAGCUUUUACUGGAUUUAACUGUACUUAUUGUAAUGUGGUCCUUAAUUCCUUAGAACAACUGUCGGCCCAUAGAGAAGGACUAAAACAUAAAAAUACAGUGAAGAAAUUACAGCAAGUGGGAAAAAUCCAAGAAGAGUGUAAAGAUGUGACGGUAGUUAAAGUGUGAUUGUAUUGUAUGUACUGCUAUGUACAGGACAAAUUGGGCACUGCUCAUCAAUACUAAAUGGAAUCCAUGACCCCAAAUUAUCAUAAUGCGCAAGUUAAAUAAUGUUUUCAUUAUGAUAUGGUGUUGUUUUACUCGGUUGAAAUGUAUAUGUAAUUGAAUAAAAUUUUAUGGUGGUUACUUAUAAAACA